CAUGUGUAAUCACGGAUUCUUCGGAGAUGGAGUAAUUUGUAAAGAGGCCUGCACCUGCCGUCUCAGAGGCGAUCCUAUACUUAGAUCUUACGACGGAAAUUACAUCAUCUUGUCCGGUACAAACAAAUAUCAAAUGACCAAGCAUAUCGACCCGAGAGACGAGUGUAGCUUCAACGUCGAAGUUAAAGCCGGACAUCCUAAACACAUUUUGGGCACAACUUACCCAAGAUUCUUAGAAGUUAUGGUCUACAGUAUCGUUAUUCACCUCGACCAACACGGUAGAGCUUACAUUGGAGGUAGUUCUGGUACACAAAUCCAAUUGCCUAGCAACAACGUACUACAUCCCGGUCUCAGAAUUUACAAGUACAGAAACUACGUAAUUGUCGAUACCGACUGCGGACUUAGAGUAGGCUUUGAUGGAGAAGGAUUGAGAUCAGUUGCUGUCAUCGAUGUUCCUCCAAGAUACAAGGACAAGAUGGUAGGAUUAUGCGGCGAUUGCGAUGGUAAAUUGGACGAUCUUCGUACAGCAGAAGGAGUCCGCGUUGACCAUAGAGCCGAUAAGUUCGACCUAAUCGCUAACAGCUUUAAGGUUGAUGAAUUUUCUGAUAAGGACCUACCAGCAGAAACCCAGGCAUAG